UCCUAACCCAGCCUGUCUCUUGACUUGACUUCUAAACCUGGUUUCAUGUAAUUCUUCCAGAUUUGAGUCACAGCCCAAAGGAAAACUACCCUGGAUUACUGCUAAUCUAUGUGUCAUUCUUAAAGACUUGUACAAGGACGGUUUCAACAAUGAAAUUCAAAUACCUUUUUAUUUUCCUAUGUUUUAUACUGGCACAGAUAAUUGUGGAAGCUCAAUUAGAGCAGGGACCUCUAGGAGAAAAGAUAUUCAAUGUUCAAGAAGGAACUAAAACAACUAUCUAUCAGUUUCAGAAAAGCGAUGCCAGAUCACACAUGUUUGUUCUGGAAGGAACAACAGACGGUUUAAUUGAAAUUCAACAUGAUAAUGGGAUUCUGCAGACAACUGGACCACUUGACUGGACAACAAAACCUUUGUACAGUUUGCAGGUUAAAACUGUAGACACUAGUGGAUCAGUAAUUGAAGGUCCAUAUCUUCUUACUAUUAUUGUUGAUGACAUCAAUAAUCAUAGACCAACUUUUAACCAGUCUGAAUAUUUUGCCACGGUACGGGAACUGUCCAGACCAGGCAUACCAUUUCUCACUGUUUAUGCCACUGAUGAGGAUGAUCCAUCGACACCCAAUGCCCAACUAGUCUAUAAAAUCGAGCAGCAGAUCCCAGACCCAAUCAAAGUACGGUUCUUCCAAAUCAACAACAUUACUGGAAAAAUAUCCACAACACUAAACGGAACUUACCAUUUAAAGGCAGAAGACGCGACUGAAUACGAACUUCGUUUAAGUGUUUCUGACACGGCUGAACUAUCCUUCAGCUCCAAUGCAAAGGUCUAUAUUACAGUGAUAGAGAACCUAUGGAAAGAGCCCAUACCUGUCACUAUUGAGGAAAAUUCUGUGUUGCCCCAUCCUCGUUUUAUAACACAGGUGCGAUGGAAUGAUGACAGUGUCAUAUAUGAAUUACACCAGAGAGAGAGAUAUCUAAGGUUCCCUUUUGUCAUCGAUCAGAAUGGAAAUAUUAAUGUAACAGAGCCUCUGGACAGAGAGGAGCGCGAACAGUACGUAUUUUUUGCCUUGGCAAAAAACAUUGUAGGAGCUAGUGUGGCUAGACCCCUGCAAAUUGUGGUAAAUGUUGCUGACGUCAAUGACAACCCGCCAGUGUGUCCAUCAGAAAUUACUACAUUUGAAGUACAGGAAAAUGAAGGCGCUGCGAGCACUAUUGGUUUGUUUAUAGCCACUGACAAUGAUGAGCCAAAUACAAGAAACUCAUCUAUCAUCUACAAACUACUGGAACAAAUACCUUCAGAUAACAGGUUUUUAAUCAACGAAUUCAGUGGUUCAAUCCAGCUAAUUACUGGCGGGCUAAAUAUUAAAGACAACGACCAGUACAGGUUAAAAGUGAAUGUUUCUGAUGAAGGGAGGCCUGCUCUUAGUACAAUUUGUUGGAUAGUGAUUAAUGUAAUUGACAUCAACGACCACAUUCCCAUUUUUGAAAGGUCUAAUUAUGGAAGCAUAACCAUGAGAGAGGACGUUCCUUUGUCAACUUUGGUGAUGGAAAUACAGGCCUGGGAUGCUGACCAACCACAAACUGGAAGCUCUGCCAUUAUUUACCAGAUCAUUCAGGGAGACCCAAAUCAUAUGUUUAAGAUUGAGACAAAUCCUGAAACAAAUCGAGGAAACAUCACAGUAGCUAAGCCACUGGAUUAUGAAUCAUUUCAAGUGCAUGACCUGGUGAUAGAAGCCAAGAACCCUGAGCCUCUGGUCACAGGAGUACAUUAUAAUGAAAGCUCCGUCACACGUUUACACGUAGUCAUCCUCAAUGUGGAUGAGAAGCCAGUUUUUUCAAAUGCAAUAUACCAAGCACAACAAAAGGAGAAUAUUCCCAUAGGAACAAAGUUAAUUACUGUGUCAGCCUCAGAUCCUGAAGGAGAUGAAAUUAAGUUUUCGCUGGUAGAAAACCCCAGGAAUUGGCUCAGAAUAGAUGAAAAAACUGGAGAUAUCUAUACCAAUUAUGAACUGGAUCGUGAACAAGAAAGCCACUACCAGGUGAAAGUGAUCGCUACAGAAAGAAAUAACCCCGAAAUGAGCUCCUGGGUGUACUUCACCCUCUUCAUUGACGAUGUCAAUGACAAUCCUCCCCGCCUGGCCAAGGACUAUUGGGGUGAUUUCACUGUCUGCUAUCCAUUUUCCACACUUGCGACAUUUGAUUUUCAGGGAAAAGACGAUGACCAUCCACCUGGUGGCUUGACGCUUAAAUUUCGAAUUGAUGAUCAAAAUUUUGCAAAGGACUGGCAAAUUUAUUCCAUUAACCGCACUGCUGCACGCCUGACCAUGAAGCAUGUAAAUUUCCCAAAAGAAAGUGUCUCUGUACCGGUAAAACUCACAGAUAAUGGGAAACCUCCGAUAGAAGCAACCGUCCACGUCCCAGUUCGGAUAUGCACUUGCGCCACAAAAAAUCAGUGUGAAAAGACACCUGUAGAAAAUACGCAGGCAACAUCGGUUGGAAUGGCCCUUGGUAUCUUAUUUGGAGUCUUGGGUUUUAUAGCUAUUAUUAUUUCUGCUGUUUUCAUCUCAAUGAAUAUGAAGAAGAAGAAGCAAGCUGGGCAGGACGGCACUGCUGCAGAACGAGAGACAAUGAGUACCUAAUACCUGGACUACCCUGUAGAUUUCCCUCCUCUUUAUUUUAUUUUUAUUUUUUCCCUUCCUACCCGUAUUGUUGCUUCCUCCUGAAAACACAUACUUACUCACACAACUAAUCUAGCAUUGUCCCACCGAGCUUCGCUGUUCAGGUGACAUAUCUGGGACCCCGUGUUUCCAUCAUGGUCCUCCUUAGCUGGCAGCCAGCUACCAAUGACACGCCAGGACUCUCUUCCUGCCAUCCAGCUGCUUUGUGUGCCCGAUCCGGCUCUUGGGGGAUGUGAUGUACUGUAGGUAUUCUAGGGGGCUGCAGGACCAAAGACAUGUCGAUCUAGCCUAGGGAAAAAUGGUGGCAGGGGUGGAACUGUAAAGGAAAAAAAGAAAAAAAUUAGCACGCAAAAAAAGGAAUGGGGUGGGGGCGGGAUUAAAGAAAACUAGCUCACCUUGUGGAAGUUAGAUUCUCCUUUAUAAUGUAGCUAUGGGCAAAAAAAGACCUAUAUGAUACAGUCUGGCAGUAUCACAUUAGUUUUUCUUUUUACUGAUUAUUCCCUUUAACUUUGUUUUAUUACCUGUUGAUCUGGCUAGCCAGUCUGUUAUUUUUUAACUUCAGAUUAACAGAUGAAGCUGUCUAGCAAGUGACGGGAGUGCUUACAGUGGUCAACUUUUAUUCAUUUAUAUAAAAUUUGCAUUAAACCUUUAUAAAAAGUUUCACGAGCGCUGUUAUAUUGUCUGUGUGCAGUACUGACCACAAAAAAACGUUGUUUUGGAAAUAAAGUAUCUGAUACCCUA